UAAAGAUGGCGGCGCCCUGUGUAGUGUAGGGUGUUAUGAAAAACUUGUUUUGAGUGUCAUUUAACUCAUUCUGACGUUUAUGUUUAAGUUAUAAGACUGGGUUCGCGACUAGUAACAUGUCACAGCAUGCUCGACUGAAAGCAGCGCGUAGUUUUAGGUAUGAUUUAAGUGCAUGUGAGUUUUAAAGGCUUUUAACGACUCUUAUUCAGGUCAAAUGUUUCCAGCGGCGUGUUCGCGGCUGGCCCGUGUAGCCGCGUCCCUGCGGCCGCAGCGGGGGCUCAGUCUGUUCUCGCAGACCGGGUCGUCCAACUGGAGCAAGGUGGUGUCGGACGCGGAGAAGAUCGUGGGUUACCCCACGUCCUUCAUGAGCCUGCGGUGUCUGCUCAGCGACGAGCUCAGCAACGUGGCCAUGCACAUCAGGAAGCUGGUGGGGACGCAGCACCCGCUGCUCAGCACGGCCAGAGGGUUUGUCUACGACAGCAAGAACAACCUGCAGAUGAGAGGACUGGUGGUCCUGCUGCUGUCCAAGGCCGCGGGGCCGAGUCACGCAGCGUCCAGCGUCCUGGCCCAGGACAUGGUCAGCGGCAUCUACCCCAGUCAGAGGAACCUGGCGGAGAUCACAGAGCUGAUCCACACGGCGUUCCUGGUGCAUCGGGGGAUCGUUAAUCUGAAGGAGUGGACGGAUUCCGACGGCCCACUGAAGGACAUGGAGUUUGGGAACAAGAUGGCCGUCCUGAGCGGCGACUUCCUGCUGGCAAACGCCUGCACUGGACUCGCUGAGCUCAACGACACUAAGGUUGUUGAACUGAUCUCCAGCGCCAUCGGGGAUUUGGUUCAAGGGAUCUAUUAUGAGAAUCCUAGCAGUGCCGAGCCGCAGGACGGUCUCGCCGACGGUGUUGACGUGGCGUCGUGGGAGGAGCAGUCGUUCAUGUCCCACGGGGCGCUGCUCGCCAAGAGCUGCCAGGCUGCGAUGCAGCUCGCCAAACACGACGGCGACGCACAGAGACUGGGCUACCUGUACGGAAAGCACCUGUCGCUGGGACACAAGCUGAACUCUGACCUGCAGCCGUUCAUGAAAGGCGGGAUGGGAGAGCCCGUACAGUUCAGUCUGAGCAGCGCCCCCGUGGUUUUCCACCGGCAGAUCGUGGGCGAGGAGAGGUGGCACCAGCAGCUGCAGCAGGCGAAAACUUUGAGAAACCAACUGGAUUACUCAAAGCUUUUGGCAGCAGUUAAGUUGGAGAAAGGCGUGAGCACAGCGGCGGACUUGUGCUGUUACCAUAGCAACAAGGCUCUGGAGGCGAUCCAGGCUUUCCCCUCCUCCGAGGCGCGAUCCGCCUUGGAGAACAUCGCAUUUGCCAUCACCAAAUUUUGACCUGGACCCACAUGUGUGCACACACACACACACACCCUCUUCACAUGGAGUGUUUUUUGUCUGCAGAGGCUUCAGGAGGAGCACAAAGGUACUUGAAAGACAAAUAAACUUGAUGUGAUCCAGAUUCUUUCUGGUGUUUGCAGAAACUGUGGAUGAUAGUGUGCAUCAGAAAUGCAAUAUCUUCAACUGGUUAUCAUUGGGGGGAAAAAAUGUCUCCUACAUUAGUACAGCAUUGUGUUUUGUCAACUCCCUCGCACGGAGAAAAGCUCCCGCUCAGCUGCAUUUCAAAUCCUGCACCGGACAUCAAUUUAAGAUGCUCCGAAGAAUUGUCAUAGUCAUUUGGAAAGCGUGCCAUGAACAUCAAAUAAUGCACCAAGCUGCUCUUAUUCUCAUUAAAUGUCAUUUAAAAUGAAAAACAAAAAGGUUCCCCCCCUGCCUGCAUAUGCAGAGAUGCUGGAUUGCUGAAAUGCAGCACCAAACUCAUCGUAAAACCCUCACACGGUCGGGUUCUAACAGGUAUGCGUCUCUGGUGAUGAGCUGCAGAGAGAACCUCCUUUUUAAUGGACUUUGGCGUGACGGUCUCUCUGCAGAGGGGGAGCUGACGUGAAUGAGGAGAAAUGACAUCAAUGUUUCCUUAUUAUGUGUCUGUGUGAUCCAAGUCAACCCAGGGGCGGGGAAAGGUCACCCAGCCUCUCCCCUUGGCCCAGCCAGCGAGCACACUGAAGCUCCGCCAAGCAGUAAUUAUUAAUGAAGAGACCUGAGCAAAUGGACAGGAAAUGCAGAGGUAUUGAUUGGGCUCGCUGCCCGCUGUAAGCUGCACAGGCUGGCGCCAGCCUGGUGGCCUGUGGUUUCCCAGGUCGCUGCGUGCCGAGGGGGGGGGUGUGGGCUCAGGGAGGUGUGAAACCAGGCCACCGCUGGCGGCUGUCACAUCCAGGCCGCACCUGAAGGACGGAGCGGCGAGGAGCGGCCAGGAGUCCUAAGAACACGUGUUCCUGAAAAAGGAAACGGGAACGAUGCAGCGAUUUUGAAGAUUAUUUAAAGCCUGUGUUCAUUUGAAACAUGUAGAAAACAUCUCAAAUGUAAUAAAUGAUCCUUUUUUUUUAUAGAUGUACAGAUUUUGGAAGAUUACAAACAUUUUAAACCUCUCUGGAGAUCCUUUAGGUCAGUGGUUCCCAACCUGGGGUCCCGGCCCCCCCUGGGGGGGCGCCAGAGAUCUCUGGGGGGGGCGCGAAACUUUGUCUGCUUUGAAAUUAUGCAGUUGUAAAAAUUAUAUUUGCGAAUGAGUCAGUCAUAAGACAUUGUUAGGAAUAAUUUAUGAAUGUCUUGAAUAUUUUUUGUGUUUUUUAUACACUGGUGACAAACACAGGAAAUGAUUUCAUUCCUUAUUAUUAUAUCUAGCGCUGGGCGAUUUUGGACAAAAAUAAAAUCCCGAUUUUUUUUUUUUUUCUCUGAAAACCCGAUUUUCGAUUUCGAUUUUUUUGGCAAAACUACAAAAGACAAUGGAAUAAAUUGUUUCAAAUAUUUUAUCUUUAUUUUUAAAGAAAAAUAGCAAACAAAUUUCCCUAUUGGGAAUGAAGUGCAAUUGAAAGAUUCUGUAAAUCCUCCUUGAGUUUAGUAAAGUGACAACAUUUACAAUUUUCUUGACCAAACAAAGAUGACUAGACGAGCUCUGUCUGUAAUGCAGCUGCAAAAAAGGAAAAUCCAUUUUCCGAUUUUCCUUUUUUUUAACAUCGUCUUGAUUAAUAAAUCCGAUUUAGAUUGAAAAUCGAUUAAUCGCACAGCCCUAAUUAUAUCAUUACUCAACAUCUAAUCUACUCCGACAGGUUGUUAAAGGAAAAAUGUAAAAAAAUUUGGUCGCAUAUUAAAAGAGACAUUUUUCAGAAAUAUUUUUUAUUUCCUUUUAUGUCCUUUUGUGCGUAUUUUAUACAUUGGUGACAUUGGAGAAAAACAAUACAGAGGAAACCAAAGAGAAAUGUAUAAAAAAAAACAUAAUUAAUGUUCAUUUUUUCAAUUAAAGACUAUUUUGGUGCUAGUACGUACGGGUCGGGGGGCCCGGCUGGUCUUAGACACAAGUAGGGGGGGCUGCAAGGAAAAAAGGUUGGGAACCACUGCUUUAAGUGACAGUCUGGACCCUGGGCCAUCGCAACACUGAUUCUUAUAUCCAUAAACUAUUUUCUUGUGUUCCUGCCGGUGUGCUUCGGAUCACCGUCCUGUUGUAAAACCCACUUUUGCCGGCUGUAUCUGCCUGACAGGUGACCUGGAAUACGGAGAGGCUCGUGGUGCGGUGACUGCAAACCCCAGAUCAUCACACCACCACUACCGUGCUUGACAGUUGACACGCUAUGAUUGGUUUUUGCUCAAAUGUUGCACUGUGUAUUUAAGCCAGAAAUCUCCACCUUAUUCUUCACUUAAAUUAAAUUAUUGCAGAACUCUGGUGGGUUUUUUUAAAAUACAUUUGAGCUUUAAACAGUCCUGCCUUUAUAGCCCGUCCCACACCGGUGGGAAAUGACAGUGUCCUCUCCGUUAACACACACUGCCUGAUCUCAUCCAGGGGUCCUCACGGGCCGAUGAUCGAUCAAUGAAUCAAGUCCACUUUAUCAACACUACCUGACCAGCACCCCCUAGGUCCCAUGUAAAGGCACACUUAGAUUUUUUUUUACACACUAUUUCUGUCUUUUGUCUCAGGUUUUCUUCAAUAAAUAAUGAUAUGAACUAA